AUGGAGGACAACGACCUCAAAAUUUCCAAUGCAACGCAUAAUCUAGAUAUUGAGAAAGACGAAAAUUCAACUGGUCCUUCGACUAUCAUCUUACUAAACUGCUUUCUAAAUAUUCCACUAAUGCUGAUAUCGAUUCUGGCAAACUCCUUGGUCUUAGCAGCCGUUUACAAAGCUCCUUCGCUUCGUUCACCCUCCAUAGUUUUGCUGUGUGGUCUCGCUGUUUCAGACCUAGCCGUGGGCUUGAUUGUGCAGCCGCUUUUUAUCGCGAAAGAACUCGAUUCAGUGAAAUUUUUAGCCGGAGUGACGAGAAUUUUGGGUGUUACGUUCUGUGGAAUUUCAUUCGCUACCAUGUCAGCGAUAAGCUUGGAAAGAUUUUUGGCUCUGAAAUAUCACAUGAUUUACAAUUCUCUGGUUACCACAGUGCGCGUUAAACGCACUUUGAUAUUUAUUUGGCUUGUAAACUUCUCAAUAUUCUCCGGAGUUCACGUCUGGUAUGCACCUGAACAAUUUUAUAUAUCGUUUGGAUUGGUGGGUUUCUAUAUGGUAGUUUCCACCAUCGCCUAUAUUGGCAUUUAUCGAAUCGCUCGCCGACACCAAUUCGAGAUCCACGCUCAGCAGCAAGCAAUGGGAGUUCCAAGUAUUAAAAUCACCGCAAACGUGACUAUUUUGACUCGCACGGCAGUAAACACUUUCGUAUUUUACAUAUGUACAGUUUUUUGCUAUCUGCCAUGGAGCAUUUAUCGGCUUUUUUAUACAAAUAUCGUUCUCAAAGAUGCCAGCGAUGCUUGGAUCUUUACGGGAACUUUGGUGUUCGCCAACUCGGCCAUCAAUCCUGUACUGUAUUGCUGGCGUCUUCGUGAACUUCGGGGGGCGGUUUUGAAGUUAUUAAGGCAAAUAUCUUGCCAUAAAUCGUGA